GGGAAGACAGCCUGGAUUUUCUUUCUUUGUCCCCCAUUCCUGACACCCAGCGAAACCACCCUCUGACUGCCAGAUAGCGCAGUGUUUUGGCCACGGUAACACACACACAACCUCCUCCUCCUCCUCCUUGCCCCUUCUUGGGAACACUGACUGCUCACCCUCUUCCAUCGCGGGGCCGGGGUGGGGGGUCAGCAGGAAGGGGGUACGGGGAGGUGGGGGCAGCCUUGGCAACGCAGGAGAGGGCAGGGAAAUUGAAUCCAAGAAAGAAAGAGAGGCCCGGAGACCCAGGAGGGCCUUCCUCUGCAAGGUGAAGCCAUCCUGGCAGGGUUAGGGGCCAGUUGAGUUCUGAUAGCUGGGCACAGUCCUCUGGCCCAUCUAGAGUUGUACAGCGGGGGCCUUCUUUCCUAGACUGAAAAUGAAUGUGAAAUUAAGAAAUAAAAGGUCACGCCCCUCCUGGUCUGGGAAAUGAUGUUACAGAGACCUCUCCCAUAGUUAAUCAUUGUUGCAUUGAUUAUUAUUAUUAUUAAUUAUUAUUAUUAUUUUAUGUCAUGUGCGUCCUCUCUCCUGUUCUCUUUCUGACAUUCCAAACCAGGCUCCUUCCUAGUAGUGGGGCUGCCUGAGUCUAGAACCCUUUGUUGGCGUGAAAAUUUGUGUCCUGUACAGAGUGACUAUAGAAAUAAAUGUUUGGUUUCUUGUGACCAGCACGGCGUGUUUUUGUUGAAACCUUGCUGUAAAGAUACAGAAGAAUGCCACCCAGCGUAUAUCUUAAGCACCCCAGUCCAUUCAGCCUCACAUUGUAUGUGGUUGAGGAUUUUUUUCAAAGGGUCUGAUGGGAAUUUCUGUCUCAGAGGACUCCAAAUUGUGGUAGCUGGUUUGUUUUCCUUUUGGGGUGGGUGUGUUUUGUUUGGGGCUUUUAAUUUUUUCCUUCCAGUCCAAAAAUGGAUUGAGAGGGCUGACUCCAAUCCCUAAUGGGGAGAAAAUGUUUCAUUGUAGGACACAAGAGGCUUAAGUAUGGCAAAGCCUUUCAUAUUGUGAUUUAUUUGUCAUAAGCAAAUAAAAUGCGGUUAAGCUGUCUCCUUCUAGACAGACGGCUCUUUGCUUAUUAAAGUUCGAGAGAGAGAAUUCCGCGAGGCCGGCCUCUUUCCUCCCGCGGAAGAAGGUACCGUUUCCUCUGAGGUGUUUAAGGCUUUAAUGAGUCUAAUUUUUUGCACAGAUGUUUCUGGGUGUUUGCAGGUUUUCAGAGUAUUUUUAUAUUACAAAGGAGCUAGCUGAUGCUAUAGCUCAAACUCUGACAAGCAAACAGAUAAUCAAGAAGACAAAUGGCCUCUUUUGUGAAGCCCUGCUCCUGUAUUAAUUUUCAUUUUCUUUCUCAUAGAAAGUAUCGAAAAUACGACUGGGGACCAAAUAGCUUUCUGUCUCUGAGGUCCCAGUCACCCCUAGAAUGGAAUGGGGGAAGGGAAGGGAGUGCGGGUGACCCUCAGAAGCUCUGUCAGGCUUGGGCCGCUUGUGUGCAGUGCCCAAGAGAAGUUCUAAGGUCUGGGGGCUCCAGCCGCGGGGGCUCUGGCCCUGUGGUGGUCCAGGGUACAGCCACCCCGCCUCCAAAAAGCUGGGAGCUCUGGAGAGCAUAUGUGAUUAAAAGUCGUUUUUCGGUCCCAUCUCCCUUCAGAGAAUAAAAAUAGCCAAUUCCCUCUGCACAUUUUAUUGUUAUUUCUUUUGUGUUCCUCUGGUUUGCAGCGCCUGGGAGUUUGAGGCUGGGUAGGGCCCAGGGACAGACGGGGCCCGGUGUCCACGGCUCGGGAAAGGGCAGCUGAACCGCCCGUUUAAAUGCUGCCGGGAGACUCAUAAAAAAUCGCCCCGGACCUGGAGGAUGGAGCGGCAGCUUUGUUUCGGUGGAAUCGCGGUGUGAUGUUUAGCUGCCAGGGGAUGCGGCCGCUCUUAGGAGAGGGGGGAAAAUGUUCUUAAAAAGCAUAUGCCCCCCAAGGAAUGCCUCUAUAGAACCAAAUCAAAGCUGCUCCUUGGAAGCAAAUCUCCGCAGACCGGCUGUUGGGGGAAAAAAGUGUUAGCCGUCUCUCCCGGAUCUUCGAGGGGGAAAAAAUUUGGAACCAUAAAGUUGAAAACUUUUUUCUCUCAGUUUGGAAGAAGCCCUUCGUCAUGAAUGGGACCCGUGGAGUUCGGGCAAGAGGAGGGGAGAGGCGCAAAGGAGGGGAGAUUUCUCGCCUGCCGCUCGCGCUGGGGCUCGAUGUGAAUAUAUAUUAUGUCUGCCUGUUCUCCCCUCGUCGGUGGCUAAGGUCAGCCGCUACAAACAGACACGGGAGGAGGGGGGCAGAAAGGGGAGGGGGGGGUCCGGUGCGCCACGUGACCCCCGCGGGUGCCAAUGUCCGGUCGUGAGGGUAUCAGGCUCUUGCAAGUUGCCACCCACUGCCCGGGCCUCGCCCAGCGAUGCAGAAAGCCACCUACUACGACAACGCCGCGGCUGCACUCUUCGGAGGCUUCUCCUCGUACCCUGGCAGCAAUGGAUUCGGCUACGACGGUCCCCCCCAACCCCCCUUCCAGGCCGCCACGCACCUGGAGAGCGACUACCAGCGCUCAGCGUGCUCGCUGCAGUCCCUGGGCAACGCCGCCCCGCAUGCCAAGAGCAAGGAGCUCAACGGCAGCUGCAUGAGGCCCGGCCUGGCCCCGGAGCCCCUGCCCGCCCCGCCCGGCUCGCCCCCGCCCAGCGCCGCACCUACCAGUGCCACUAGCAACAGCAGUAACGGGGGCGGGCCCAGCAAAAGCGGCCCCCCCAAGUGCGGUCCCGGCUCCAACUCCACCCUCACCAAACAGAUAUUCCCCUGGAUGAAAGAGUCGAGGCAAACGUCCAAGCUGAAAAACAGCUCCCCCGGCACAGCGGAGGUCUGCGGCGGUGGCGGCGGCGGCGGAGUCAGCGGCGGCGGGGGCGGGGGCGGGGGCGGCGGGGGAGGGGACAAGAGCCCCCCGGGCUCGGCGGCGUCCAAGCGGGCGCGGACGGCGUACACGAGCGCGCAGCUGGUGGAGCUGGAGAAGGAGUUCCACUUCAACCGCUACCUGUGCCGGCCGCGUCGCGUGGAGAUGGCCAACCUGCUGAACCUCAGCGAGCGACAGAUCAAGAUCUGGUUCCAGAACCGGCGCAUGAAGUACAAGAAGGACCAGAAGGCUAAGGGCCUGGCCUCGUCGUCGGGGGGCCCCUCCCCCGCCGGCAGCCCCCCGCAGCCCAUGCAGUCGACGGCCGGCUUCAUGAACGCCUUACACUCCAUGACCCCGAGCUACGAAAGCCCGUCCCCGCCCGCCUUCGGCAAAGCCCACCAGAAUGCCUACGCGCUGCCCUCCAACUACCAGCCCCCUCUCAAAGGCUGCGGCGCCCCGCAAAAGUACCCCCCGACCCCGGCGCCCGAUUACGAGCCCCACGUCCUCCAAGCCAACGGGGGCGCCUACGGGACGCCCACCAUGCAGGGCAGCCCGGUGUACGUGGGCGGGGGCGGCUACGCGGAUCCGCUGCCGCCCCCUGCCGGUCCCUCCCUCUAUGGCCUCAACCACCUUUCCCACCACCCUUCGGGGAACCUGGACUACAACGGGGCGCCCCCUAUGGCCUCCAGCCAGCACCACGGACCCUGCGACCCCCACCCCACCUACACAGACCUCUCCUCUCACCAUGCGCCUCCUCCUCAGGGUAGAAUCCAAGAAGCGCCCAAAUUAACACACCUGUGAUGGGAGAGGGAGGGCGGAGGGGCGAGGUCAUAGGGUGAGCGAGAGCCAGGAGAGGUAGGGGCUGUGGAGCUCUGGGGGGCAGCCUGGAGGUCUGAAAGAGGAGGCAAGGAGGUGGUAGCCAGGCUUCCUGGCCAGAACAGGCCUGGAGCUCCUUCCCCUCCCUUGGCCUGAGAAGUUGCUUUUUUAAGUCCUCCAGCCCUUGUUCCAUCUGCCUGCCAACCCAUCGGAAAGGAAUCCACAGCAGAUUGGAGAUGACCCUAUCAAGCCUAGGGCUCCAGCAAUAGCCAGCUGGAAUUCCACGCUUGCUCGAGAGAAGGAGGAGAUAGAGAAACAAGGCAGAGAAGCACAUUUUAAAAAACAGACAGGAUGGCUAGGCCAUCACCAACCGACUUACCUUCCAUCUCUGUGGGUAGUUGCCCCAAAUCUUGAUAUUUUUUCCUCCCAAUUCCCCUUUAAAAAAAAAAAACACACACAUUGCAAAUCCAAGGGCACAAAACACCACCCCCUCCCACUUCCCUGAAGCCUCAAAUUUCCUCCCAUCUAUUUGAGGUUUACUCAGCACUCCCUGCAUUUCCAGCCCCAUAUUUUUCUGCUCUAGGACAUUCAUAUCUCUAUGCCACCCCCAUCAAUUAUGGUUUCAGAGGGCUCAGGGAUGGUGAGAGAUCCUGAAAGUCAGAGCUGUCUAUAUUAUAAAUACAUAUUUUUUUUUCUUUUAUGGAAAAGCUGGGAGGUGAGGGCAGGCAAGUCGUUAGGACUUAAGGUUUGUCCAAUCUGCUGCCUCCCAUCUCAGCUCCAGGUCCAUCCCCCUCUCUCCACAGAAAGCAAUCGGUGACACGAGGUUCUACAAUUUUAUUUUCUUCUGUUGCUCUCUUGACUUAACGUGAAAACAGGGUAUAUUUUAACAAACUGUCUGUCCCAGGCAGGGGCUGCAGCUGGGCCUGUGUGCCUUGCUCAACCUCCUGACAGGACACUUUUGUUGCACUUAGAGUUUACAUUUUAAUGGAUAUAAAAACAACUGUGAGAGAUGCCUGGGCCUGUAGGAGUCCAGCAUCGCUCAAAAAGCGUGUGUUCUAGUGAACAUUUUCAUAUAUAUUUAUUGGUUAUAGCCUGUUAAAAUAUUUUCUUUUUUGUAUUAUUUAUCCCCCUACAUUAUGUAUUUAUAUGAGGGAAAAAAUUGUACUUUUUUUAAGUAUUUACUUGUUAUAAAGGACGUUGUGUUUCCUGUCAUGUAAAAACAGCUAUUUUAGUUAUUAUUGUACUCUAGAAAAGAGCUGUAGAUUUAUGUUAAAUUCGUACUUAUGAGCAAUUGUAAUUAGUUCUAAAAGGCAUGAACUCAGCUCCUAAUUGUCACUGUAUAGUCCUGAAUUUGUAGAAUUAGAGUUAAUUCCCUCUUGGAACUUUCUUUGUUGUUCCGUAGUUACUUUUUUCCUUACUUAAAAGGGUUGUCUGUCAAACAAUUCUUGAAUAAACUUUCUGUUAACAAUUUUAUCUUGUCCUGGUAGUCCAAUUUAGAUAGCAGAGGGAGGCUGCUGACUGCUCAAUUUCCCCCAAGGGAAGAAGGACACUGAAGACCCUCUUCUGGCCUUUUUGUUCACUGCCCAGACCCCUGCCUCCCCCUCGCUGUCUCAGGUUUAUAUAGUUUUUGUCACUCACAGGAGCCUGGAACAUGCUGCCAACUUCUUUAGCUAAGAUUUAAGUAACAAGUUGUGGGGGAAAGGACUCUUGGGUGCUCUCUCUAGGUCUUUUUGUUUGGCUUCUUUGCCUCUCAAUUUUUCUCCUUCAUUGACCUUUUGUCUCCUCACUCCUUGGCCACAACCUCCUCGCCACCCCCCCCAACACACUCCCUCAGCAACAAAAAAAUCUGGCGUAUUAGUGCUUCUUCCAUGCAAGCUAAACUUCACAGUUCUCUUCCGGAGCUACAAAGAAGUCGUCACAUGACCCGAAGCCCAACCACCAUUGGGUCUAAAAUGAAAACAAAGGAAAAUGAUUAAUCUAAAAAAAA